CUCCUAUGGCGCAAUCGUGAAGAAUUUUUGUUUGCACUCGUGUGAACUAAUAACUGAAUUUUCUUUCAAUAAUCCUUAAUCGAAACACACAAAUAUGCCUUCCGAAGCGGCGAAGAAACGUCAAGCAAAGAAAAAAGCUGCUGCUCAGUCUAGAGGAAAGCCAAAACCGGCCGUCCAAGCGACAGAAAAUGGUGUUGAAAGUUCGAACGGAACUGAAAAUGGCGCUGGUGUGAAGUUGGAUUUAUCGAACCGCUCAUGUACCGGCGUUUUGGCAUCUCACGAACAGUCGCGGGAUGUGAAGAUUGAAAAUUUCUCAAUUACUUUCCAUGGUGUUGAACUUUUAACUGAUACAAAACUUGAAUUGAAUUGUGGCCGAAGAUACGGUUUAUUGGGAUUAAAUGGAUGCGGUAGGUUCUUCAUGUUCCUUUGAAAAUAUAUAUAUAUUGGUUCCUUUAGUUUUACUAAGUUUAAAGUAUUCUUUCUGAAUAGAAUCACUCAUUUCAAAGAAAUACCAAUUGAUUUGAAUAACUCUUUUCGUUGCGGUGAAAUGAAAAUAUAAGGAACAGACCCAUAUAUAACAAUUUUUCAGUGAAUUGAUCGUGACGAAUGUUUCAAAAUCGGAACGGAAGUAUUCAAGAAGAUAUCAAUUCCUUACUACGAUAUUACGCAGAAACUCAAGUCAUUAACAGAAAAAUCUACCCUUUUUAAAUGCUUUUUUCUCAUGAUAUUUGGAAUCAAUUUUGGUAUCAAGAAAUACUUUGAAUUGGAGAGAUUGAUGAAACAACACUCUUCCAGUAGGAGGUAAAAUCAUAACUUUCCGACAGAGAAAAAAAAAAAAAAAGCGGGAUAUUUUUUUUUCAUCGAGUCAAAUGGCCAACAAUAAUGUGUGAUUACCAUCAUUUUUACCUCAUUUGCACUAAAGUUAUGGACUGUUAAACUUUUAUUAUGAAGUGGAAUACAAAUGUUUACAAUUUACUUGAGUAUACAUGUUUUCUUGUCAGAAUCAAUCAACUCGUGGUCAUUCCUAAUACUAAAAAAAAUUAUCGUUUGUUGAUCAAGGAGUAUGAACUAUGAAACAACUUUCCAUUUCAACAUGAUUUCUUGGGUUACUUAAUUCCAGAUAGUAACAGUAGAUCAAGAAAAGACAUUCUGGACUGAUGAAUAUUUUAUGUGCAAAAUUAAUCACUAGAUACACUUGUGAAGAUCAGUAAUGUGAUGGUUAUAAAAAAUCUUUAGUGAAAAUGUAGCCUAUGAGGUGCCUUUCUUUUUCUUUAGAAAUUUUUAUGUUUUGAAAUUUAUCAUGUAAAAUAAAAACCAUGCUUGAAUGUCUGUUUAAUUUUCAUGUGACUCAAAAACUCUGCACAUUUUAAAGUUAUGUUUGGCUAUAAACAAACUUACGGAAUUUACUUGUACAUGUGUAAUUAACCCUUUAAACCUUAAGAAUGAUGAGCAUCUAAUUUCUCCUUUAAGUUACACUCUUAAGUCAUUCAUUUACAUCAUGAGAAUAAAAGAAAUGAUUAACAAGCUAUGAAGCUUCAAUCAUUAAACCAAUUCUCUUUCUCAGUACUAAGGGCAGUAAAUGUACAGUAUAAAGAGGAGUGUGUAGAGUAUAGACACUCAUGUUAUGGUGUUAAGGGCUAAAUGAACAUACUUCAUUGGUUAGAUAAUUAAUAACUAUAAAAUUUUGGUAUUUUGAACAGGUAAAUCCACCAUGUUGGAGACAAUAGGAAGCAGAGACAUUCCAAUUCCUCAGCAUAUUGACAUAUUUCAUCUUAAGAAUGAGAUGGAAGCCUCUGACAAGACAGCUCUUGAGUGUGUCAUGGAGGUUGAUGAGGAGAGGAUGAGACUUGAGGCUGAGGCUGCAGAACUCACCAAACUUGGAGAUGAGGGUAGUGACAGGUAUGGUUUUGUUGCAAUUUUAAUCUAAUUUUUAUUGUAUCAAAAGUGCUUCUGAUAAGAUACCUUCCUAAUGACCCAAACAAAACCUUGAUGGUGAGAUAUCCGGUAGCAUCAGUAACCCAUGUUCUAAAGAGAAUUUUCCCGAUUGAAAGGCCAAAAUGUUGAAAUAAUUGAACAAUGGAUUUGUUGGGGUCUGUGUUGUUUUCACAGAAAAGAGAUUUUGCAUCAUAUACUCAGUGCACUUUCAAUAAAGUAUAAGCAUUUGACACAGAAUUGUGCAUGUCUCCUGAAAUUGUUGUGGAACAUAAUGCCAGUCAAGGGGUAAUCAUUUUUUUUCGCCGUAUGCAAAGGUACACUAUAUACAAAUGAAUGACAAACUGACAUUUUGCAUAUAUACUCAGUGCCUCAUCUAUGGAACAUAAUGCCAGUCAAGGUACAUUUAAAGGUGUACACUACAUAUAUGGGUUUUUUCUUUAAGGUUUUAAAUAGCCAAGAUCUGGGCUUCAAUACCUGUUGAAGAUAUUUUUUUUGUACCAUGCUGGUGACAAGGCAAUUCAUCAUCUUCAUUUCAAAAUUGAUUUGCUGGUAUGUAAAAAUGCAGUAUAAAUUGUGCAACACCAUAGGUGCUUGAAAUUAUGUAUGGUCUCCACAGAACAUUAUUUUGCUUUGAAUAAGUAAGAGAAAUAAGCCAGAAAUAUUCUUUCAUCUAGAUUAAUGGAUGUCUUUGAACGACUUGAAGACCUUGAUGCGGACAAGGCAGAAACUAGGGCUGCUGAAAUUCUUAGUGGGUUAGGAUUUACACCUUCCAUGCAGCUGAAAAAGACAAAAGAUUUCUCUGGAGGCUGGAGGAUGAGAAUCGCUUUGGCACGAGCUCUGUUUGUAAAGCCAACUCUUCUUUUGUUGGACGAGCCUACAAACCAUCUGGAUUUGGAUGCAUGUGUAUGGCUGGAAGAAGAGCUGAAGAGGUGAGUUGUUUUAUGAAAUGUUACAAGUGAAAAUUGAGACCUGCCUCCUAAAAGAUGAAUAAAUGAUGAAAAUAUUGAACCUUAAAAUAUUACUUGUUAUGAAUUCAACUGCUGGAAUAAUGCAGCUCCUUCAAAGUUCUUCUUGGUGUCGUUCAGUCUAGGAAUGGAGCACUAUUUAUUCUGCUGUGUGAUUGGUCCAUAAAACUAAUCCCAUCUUCUCAACCAAUCAAAUUCAAAAUUACAUCAGAUUGUGACUUGGGCACUCAUAUAUUAUGGCUCUUCACACAGCCUGUUCAAAUCAUUGGCUUGCUGCAAUAUUUUUGUUCCCUCUGGAUAAUCCUUUAACUCCCAAGAUCUGAUUGUUAAUUCUUCAUUCUAACUACAACACACUUUCUUGUAAACGAGGAAGGAGAAUUUUGUGUUAGAUCAAGAUAAGAACUUUUACCUGAUAAGCUUAAGUAUUCUCAUUACCUGUUUGCAUGGUAUUGUAUGGAUGUUUAAGGGAGAAAUAACUUUUAAAUCACUUCUGGGAGUUAUAGGGUUAAAAAAUAGAUUUCAUGUUGCUUUGGGUUUGUUCUGCAACAGAUCACAGAAGAAGUCAAUUUGUAGUAAGAGCAUCAGAGAACACCUAGUUACACUUCAUAUGCCACUUUCUUGCUCUUAGUUACCUAUUUUUAUGUCAUCUGUGAUCUAUUGCUGAGCAGACACAUGGCAACAAAAAGUCUACAUGUAUUUUUUAAAUACACAUUAACAAGUCAGACCACUGUUUCUAAAUGACUUUACAUAUACACGAGAAAAACCCCAAUUCUAUUUUAAAAUAUUAUUUAUUAACUUUCAUAAAGAUGAAACAUCAACUGAAAUAAGUCAUUCAAACAAAAUUGUUAGGUUAAGCUUAAUGAAGAACAUUAAGUAUAGAAUAACCAGUAUGUGUAUAGCAAUCCUUUUUGUUGUCGGAUUCCCUGCAGCUACAAGAGGAUAUUGGUGAUGAUAUCACAUUCACAGGACUUCCUCAAUGGGGUGUGCACUAACAUUAUCCACAUGCAUAAAGGAAAACUUGUGUAUUAUGGGGUAAGAAUGAUCAUACAUUGUAGAUUAUAACAGCACCUUCAUUAGAGUGUAUGGAGGGCAGAAUGGCACAGUCUGUGAAACCUGUACAAUUCUGCACAAUUCUUAGAAAUCUGUAAAGUCCCACACAAUACUUGCGGAUUAUUUUCCUCAUAGUAAUUCUACAAAAUAACAUUUUGCUGUUUGUAUCAGAGAUCUCAGGAAUUUUUUUCACCUUCUAGGCCUUUCCUCAAUGAAAAUAACUUAGUUACUUUCAUCAAAAAUCUAAAAGAGCUUUCUCUUAAAUGAGUCUUGUACAGUCCUGAAGGCAAAAACUUGAUUUGACUGAAAAGCACUCUGUCAGAAGGCAUGACAUUGAUAGCAUUUUAGUGAAAACAUUAUUUUUCUGUAUUUAUUGCCUGUGAGGAUUUCUUGUGACUUCAUACAGAUAUUAUGGCAAAAGAAGUAGAUGUUGUUUUUAUGUUGUAAACAAGGAGGCUAAUUCCUGUCUUCAUUUUCUUAGUGUGUGACCUUAACCCUCUAACCCCUAGGAGUGACCAACAUCUAAUUUCUCCUUUCAAUAUCACUACUGAAUCACACAUGGACGUCAUGAGAAUAAAGUAAAUGAUCACCAACUAAAGAAACUCUUGAUUGUUAAACAAAUUCUCCUUGUCAGCACCUUAGCAAAUGUAUAGAGAAUAGUAUGGAGAAUUUUAAUCCUGAUGUUAGGUUGUAAAGAGUUAAUAUUCCUAAUCAAACUUAUUAUGAAUACAGCAACAAUGUUAAAGGUAAUGGCAGUAUGAGACUUGCAAUUUCUGUCUUAGUUUUUUUUUCUGUUCUUCCAAAGGGUAACUAUGACUCUUACAUGAAAACAAGAGCAGAACUGGAGGAAAACCAAAUGAAACAGUACAGCAGAGAACAAGAUCAAAUAAAGCACAUGAAGGUAUUUACAGUAUCAAUGAAAAAUAACUUGUAAAAGUACUCUAGCAACAUUGAUCCAUUUGUACAAUGCCGUAUCUGGCUGUGGAAGGAUGAUGACCUAAAAGGCCGAGUUUUAACAGCUCUCAGUUCUACUGGGAUGCUGUGAUGGACACAAUGCCUGAAGCGAUUUACUAAAACAGCUGACUUCCUAGCCAGAUUCCAGUCAAGCCUGCAGGCAAAAAUUGCAGCUAAAGAAUUGACAUUGAUUUUAUCCAGGACUGUUCAUUUUUUAUUUUAACAAUUUGACUGCAAAGAGUAAGUAGAAUGCAAUUUCUUUUUACAAUAUCACCCCUGAAUCACACAAUAAGGUCAUAAGAAUAAAAGAAAUUGUCACAAACUCAAGAAGCUCUUGAUUAUUAAACAAAUUCUCCUUGCCAGCACCUUAGGAAAUGUAUAGAGAACAGUAUGGAGAAUAUGCAUACUGAUGUUAGGGUGUAGAGGGGUUGAGCAGUUUCUUAAAAAUAGACUUUUGAGGCAAAUGUUAUGUUAAUAGUCAGUUCACAUUACUUAUCUGGCUCAAAACUUUAAAUGGAUUAUCGUCAAUGUAGCUUUAACCUAAUAAAGUAUGAAUUAACUUUUAACAAAAUUCAUCUGCCUCUAGCUCCCCUAUCAAACCCUGAUACCCUCUCCAAAAUGCAUGGCUUGCCAGAAAUGGUUCAAAAAAUUCUUUCUUUCUUUUGUUAGUACUGCUUGUACAAGAAUAUGAGACUUGUCAUUAUAAUGAUCAGUAAACCAUGCUAGUGACUGCUAUAGUUCAUUUGUUUUUCUUUUUAUGAUUGUAGGACUACAUUGCCAGGUUUGGUCACGGUAGUGCUAAGCUUGCCAGACAGGCUCAAAGCAAAGAAAAGGUCCUUAGCAAAAUGGUGGCAGGUGGCCUCACAGAAAAAGUUGUCAAAGACAAGGUAAAGAAUCGGGCCUGCAGCAUCAUACAGUACUUUGCUCUUCAUUUACCAUUGCACUCAUAUACAAGACACAAAUUGAGAUGAAAUUGUUACGACAACAACAGUUAACUGUAGUUAGUACUGAUUUACACUUUCAAAGUGAGUAUUAGGUAUUCAUGACAAUUUUAUAGGACCACUUCCAAAUUUACUAGCUUUACACAUACUGUUAACCUCUAACUCCCAAGAUUUCAUUAGUAACUCUCCUUACUGUCUGUCAGAAAGUUUUUGUGACAUUAGUUUGGAGAAUUUGGUGUUGGAUCAACUUAUAAUCCCCUAAUUGAUAUCUUUCUUUAUUCUCAUCACUUGUCUGCCUGAUAUUGUAUUGAUAUUGUAAGGAGAAAUUCUGUCUUAUGAACGGGACUUAAAGGGUGAAACUGUUGUUGGACAAUUUCAACUAUACAAGCUUGUGCCUAUGAGUGCUGAAGGAGCUGUAAUCUGCUGGAGGGAAGCAAAAAUAGGAAACAGUUAAGGUUUUUUCUCCACUGAUGUUUUUAUUCUCUCAACCAACAGGUCUUGACGUUUUAUUUUCCUGAUUGUGGAAAACUUGCCCCACCAGUUGUUCAAGUACAAACAAUGAGCUUCAGCUAUGGAGAAGAUAAGGUGAGCUACCAUGCUAUUAAAGUGUACUGCGGACAUUGUAACACUACUGUAUAUCGAAAGAGAAACUGAAAUUGCUCCUAGAAAACAUCACACUGUUAUGAUUGCAUUUGCUUGAUCCCACAAUCACCCAAUCAAAAGUCUUUACUAGUGCCUUUGUGGUGAUGAUGAUUUACGCUGAGGUUGUCCAAACCUCAGUCACUAUUACUGAGUCCAUUUCAUUCCUACCAUUUACAGAUAUAUUUUUUUAAAUUUUAUUUUCAGCCUGCCAUUUACAAGAAGUUGGAUUUUGGAAUUGACUUAGAGUCCAGAAUAGCUCUGGUGGGUCCCAAUGGAGCUGGCAAGUCCACACUGCUGAAGCUACUUGAUGGAACACUGACACCUACUGAUGGGCUUAUACGAAGGCAUAAUCACCUCAAGAUUUGUCGCUAUCAUCAGGUUUGAAUAAUUAUGAUUAAUUACAGAUGUGUCUUGAUUUUAGCUGAUGUCACAUUCCUUAUUAAGCCUAUUGUGACAAAAAAUGCUCAUGUACUUCAAAAGAGGUUUGUGUUUGUCACUGUGUUGCAUGAUUAAUUCUGAAGUUUGCCUUGUUCUUUGCAGCAUCUUCAAGACAUGUUAGAACUGGACAUGUCAGCUCUUGCAUUCAUGAUGAAAUGCUUUCCUGAAAUCAAAGAGGUGGAGGACAUGCGGAAGUCAAUAGGAAGAUAUGGACUGACAGGAAAACAACAGGUCGGUAAACACGGUGUUUAUAUGGCCACCACCUUAGAGCUUCUUUGUAUUACAUAUGAAACUUAAGAAACUUGUACUAUCGAGUCUUAGACACCUAAACUCUUGAGAAUACGAGUAUAAAAAUCAUCAGAUUAAAAUUACUAGGAGAAAGCAAUUUUUAUGUAAGCUGCAUCGCGCACGUAUUUUGAUUGGUACUUCGUUAUAAUGUUUUAGAGGACAGACGUAGGUCUGUUCACUGAAAUAUUUCAGAAGUUCCAAGUCAGUGACAUACUCGGCUGUGCCUCGUGUGCGAAAUCUUUUUUUGCUCACUGCAUUUUGACGUCAUGUGUGAUCUAUGAUACUGAACGGACAAAUGGUAGCAUGGAGUGUAUUAAAGUAGACGUUCUGAUAUUCACAAUUUCACAAUUUUAAAUUAAGAUUGUUGAAAGAAGGAAUAUGUAAGACUAGAGGAGAAGCUUAACUAAAACAUCCGCCUUACACUGUACACAAUGAUUGCUGAGCAAUGUUUAAAUAAGCAAUGAGCGAGGCUCUCAAUGUGGUGGUCUUGAUGAAAGCUCUGUCAGGUCAUAGUACUGUGUUGUAUGGUAAUUUGGUUUCACCAAAUGAGUUGAUAAUUUUAAUUUUUUACCGUGGAGGGACCUAAAGCUGGCGUUUUGAGCGAAAGGCAACUUCUCGAGACGUCAGCUUUGUAAUUUCUUUACUACGGCAAAUGUACGUUAUCAACUCGAGCUCGCUGAGACGAAGGGCUCACGCUUAAAACGUCACCUCAAAAAAAUCUUUACGGUGGCCAAUCUACAUUUUAAAUUCAGUUAAAAAUUGUCUUGUAAUACCCCCACGGAAGUUGGACCACAGUUUCUUUAAAGACUUAAGCCCUUUAUUCAUUUCUUCAGUUCGUGUGCAAGGCACUUUACUCUGUGUUGUGUUUUGGUGAGUGUCGAAACUGCAAGGGGCGAAUGGUAACACUCACUCGGGUAUUAGAUGCUUUAUUUGUCCCACGCUCGUGAAGAAUGUGUAAUUCUUUUUACCAAUAAUUUAAAAGCUUACCUGUUAACAAAAAAAAUUAUUGAUGCUAAUCAGAAGUUUUAUCUCCAAUCAAAACACAGAUUUGUCCCAUGCGUAAUUUAUCUGAUGGGCAGCGAUGCCGAGUUGUGUUUGCUUGGCUGGCCUUCCAAGCUCCACAUCUCCUGUUACUUGACGAACCCACUAAUCACUUGGACAUGGAAACCAUCGACGCUUUGGCAGACGCUAUCAACGACUUUGAAGGAGGAAUGGUGCUUGUUAGUCACGACUUCCGACUCAUAAAUCAGGUUUGAAUCUAAUCUUUUUUCGUGAAAGUCCAGAGUUAUUCAGGAUUUUAUUGGUUUACUUCAUUUCGCACUGUGAUUGAUCCAUAAAUCUCACGCCACCCUCUCCACCAAUCAGAUGCCAAAUCAAAAUCAACUGCGACUCGGCCAUACGCGUUUUCCCGUGCUUCAAGUUCUUGGUGAUAUAUUUACUUUUUGUUCUGACUGGCCUUGGAGGUAACCUCGGUCUAGGUUUUAUGACACUCAGUCGGAAAGCGCAGUUAUUAAUGAAAUUUACUUCGUGAGAGUGAAGAAUUUUUGGCAUAGAGCUCGUGUUUUAGUCGGGAAAAUCUGUUUAGAUUUUCUCGCUGUGUCGAAGUAAAAAGUGUAAAGUGCAGUUAUUAAUGAAAUUUACUUCGUGAGAGUGAAGAAUUUUUGGCAUAGAGCUCGUGUUUUAGUAGGGAAAAUCUGUUAAGAUUUUCUCGCUGUGUCGAAGUAAAAAGUGUUGUUGUACAAAAGAUUCUUAAGUUAAUCUUUGCAACUUUGUUGUAGUUUAAAUGAUAAUUUCCUUUCUCUUUAGGUUGCAAAAGAAAUUUGGAUUUGUGAGAAACAGACAAUAGCACCAUGGAAAGGCGAUAUUCUGUCAUAUAAGGAAGAACUAAAAAGGAAAGUUGCUAAGAAGUAACUUUAAAAAAAAGUAAUUACGCUAAAGAAUUAAAUAGACGCUUUUAGGUCAAUAUUAUCAAAUGAAACAAUCACAAACCUAUGUUAGUUAGCACAGAUUAUUUGCGGGUUCGUGAAUGGACCUUUAUCUGAAGAUUUGUACCUGACGUAAAGUUACAUAGCUUCAGUACAGCCCUAUGGAACUUAUUUGCCUUGUUAUUUACCUCCUGUAAGAUACUUUGGUCAUGUCGAAAUGGGAAUACCUCGUUAACAUUUGAUAGUCCAUUGAUGUCUGUGUAUAGAGAAUUGCUAGGUCUGUUCCAAAACAACCUUGAUUUGAAAUCAAUGCCUGAGUUUUGUCUUAUUGUGUUUACUGAAAUUACAACUAAAGCGAUCGUUCCUUUUUCGGAAUUCAUACGGUUUUAACGUAUGGUUUUGUGUAACCAGUAGAGGUUGCUGAUGCAUUAUUUGUAUCUCGGGAUCAGUGUGAACAACUGCGCACCUACCCCUCCCCUAACCCAACAACUGUCAAUUGCAAACAAUCUGGGGUUAAUGAUUUGUUAGGGGAGGGGUAGGUGCGCGUUGCUCAGACACUGACAUCAUCCGAAUCUCGUUCAUAAGCAUCAAAUAAUUAAGAUAAAUUUUAAAUAAAUAAGCUCUGAAAAGUUUUUUAUUUAAGCAACGAAAAGAUAUCCUUCUUUACGUUUACAAUGUAUGAAUUUUUUGUAACCUGUAGUGGUUUCUAACGCACUGUUAGAAUCUCGUUCACAUGUUUCAAAACUAGCUCGGAAAUGCAGCCCUGAAUUGCCCACCAUCGACAGUAUAUCAAAAAGUAGUUUCAACGAUAAAUGGGAAUAUUUAUUAACAGAAAUUUUUUCGUUUUCCUUUGACACGAAUACUUGAGUGCACUCCAAGAACCAAAAAUUGUUUCACAAAUAAAGUCAUAAAGUACUUCGUUUAUCUUUCACGGGCCUGCUUUAAUCGUUCUGUAAAUCUUUGCGUAUUAAUUUUCAUUUUAUAACAUGUUUUAACGAAAAGACUGUGGCGAGUUAAUUGUGUUGUGUAAGUGUCCUCAAAAACGUCCUGAAAUAUUUGGUCUUUUGUAUCAACGUCUGGAGGGAAAAUAUCUCCAAGUGUCAACAUCGAUCAGGAACAAAUAACAGAUGCUUGUGCUUGUGGCCUCUGGCUUUCAAAAGUUAUGUACCAUUUUCAUAAAGUAUGGACCAUUAAAGUAAUGGGAUGAACCAGAAGAAAAGAAA